AUUGGAUAUUUUUCCAAUAAAUCCCAAUUCUUAUCUCUUUCUACUAAUUUUACUGAAAAUCUCUCUCUCUCACACACACACAGCUGCGUCUGAAACUGUGGUAAUUCCGCUCAUCACAUUUCCGAUGGCAUCCGCGGUGGUUCCGUUUUCUAUCUCCGGGGGAAAUCAUGUAAAGACCAGCGGUAUUUCGAUGGCGAACUCCGGUGGUUUGGCGAAGACGCAGCUGUUAGCAAUUCGAAGCAAGGCUCGCACUCGCAACAACCGUGAUUUGUCCGUUUGCGCUGAGUAUAAUGACCGCAAUGGUGGAAAUGGGGCUGAUUUUGCAGCUGGCUUCAUUAUAGGAGGUGCAGUAUUUGGAACACUUGCUUAUAUUUUUGCUCCACAGAUAAGAAGAUCUCUGCUAAAUGAAGACGAAGCUGGAUUCAGAAGGGCCAAGCGUCCGGCAUACUAUGAUGAAGGUUUAGAGAAAACCCGGCAGACCUUAAAUGAGAAAAUCGGCCAACUCAACUCAGCUAUUGACAACGUCUCCACCCGUUUGAGAGGCGGCAAUAAUCUGCCCCAGGUGCCUGACGAGAGUCUUGAGACUGAUGCUGAGGAAGCUGCACUGUAAGGACUGGUUUUCUUACAUCUCCAUGGUUGCAGCAUGUUCGAUCUUUCCCGUUUUAAUAGUUGGUUUGUUGAGCAUGUGAAUGGAUGCUUUCAGUGCAUAACAGUUUAUCUCCAUUGGCAAACUUCAUUAUGAGUAGGAAGAACACCUCAACUUUAGAAAUUAUUUGUUCAUGGCAUAUCUGAGGAGCUUAUUUUCUACUAUUUGACAUUUUGUUUUCCUAAUAAAGAUUGUUGUACCGUA